AUGGAAUCAUGGAGUAGCAGAAAAGUAUUAGAAGACACUCUUCUCGUUGUAAUGGGUGACCAUGGAAGCAGGUUCUCGAAACUUCGUGAAACCUAUCAUGGCAAACUAGAGGAACGUUUGCCUCUUCUCUCUAUCUUCCUUCCGGAAAAACUCAAGCGACUCCGACCCGACGCUGUGGCGGCACUAAAUGAGAAUAUAGAAAGACUCACAACACCCUUCGAUUUACACACCACAGUAUUGGACGUCCUAGAUUUGAAAGACUUGAGCAAUAUGUACACAAUCCCUGGUUGUAAUUUACAGAGAGCUCUGAGUUUAUUAACACCGAUUCCUGCAUCACGUUCGUGCGCCGAUGCUGGCAUUGCUCAACAUUGGUGUACCUGCACGAAAUGGCAGUCUGUGGAUGCCUCCUCUCCUAUGUACAACCGCGUGGCAAAUGCUCUUGCCGAGUACAUUAACUCUCUCACUUCAGAAUUACGAUCGAAAUGCGAAAUCAGACAAAUGACAUUUGUAAAAUCCGUUUUGCGACAAAAAGUUGAUGAUCAGGUAUUGAAAUAUGUGAACUAUAAGGAAGAAGAUGCAUUUUUUGGAAACCCUCAAAUUUCUGCUCCAAAAGCACCCAGCGAAUACUAUAUGGCUACGAUGUUAGUGUGCUUAUUGAGGGUCUCUACUAGAAGGCGGCAAAAAGUCUUCAUUGUUUUCGGAACUAUCAUCACGCUCGGAUUGUUACCGCAUUGGAUUGCAAGGGAUGUCCGAAAACCACUUGGGUUAGAAGAAACCCGUAGUAUAGUUGAAAACCGUUCAAUGGAAUACUGUUUACAAGAGAAAGGCAAGGGUUGUGAAAGGCCUAAACUCGAUCCAUUUUCUGCUGAAGUUAUGGCAUUAACUAGGGAUAUGCCGAAAGUAACCUGUGAUGGCUUUGAUUGGGUAGUUUGUAAGGUGCGUUAA